CUUCCAGCGGUGAUGAUCGAUGUGAACUACACCGAGGUCACCAAAACAAUUAGCGAAUUCCUACAACAGUUCAAGGGCGAGGUGGUUUCUCGAGCUGAUGAGAUGUUUGAUACGAGGGUCCCACCUCUGACCGAGGAAGAGCAGCUGGAGUACGGAUACGGUCCCAAAUACAUGACGAUGCUUCAGAGAGUGGCCAAUAGAGAGAUUUCAACAAUAUACAUAGACUUGGACGACAUUGAAGAUUUUCAACUCACCUCGGAGGUGAAUAUCGGUGCGUCACCUUAUAAGCGCAAGUCUUUGACUGAGGGUAUUCUGGAGAACACUUUCCGCUAUAUCGAAAUGUUCUCCAAAGAGAUCGAUAAGCUGAUGCCAGCACCAACAAAGGCCAUCCCAGAUAAAGGUGGUGUCAUCGAUCUCAUCCUACAACAGAGACAACAAAGAAACCAGAGACUGCAAGCGGAAAGAAGGGAAGAACUAGAGGCUAAUAACUUGAUGGGUGAUGUCGAGGACGAGGAGGAGAAUGGCGAGGCCGAGUUUCCAGCAAAUUUAACGCGUCGUUAUAACCUGUAUUUCAGACCAUUGACCAAGAUCUCCGGUAAAAGGGCCUACAAACCACUGUCAGUGCGUCAAAUCAAGGGCCAGCACGUUGGUAAGCUGGUCACUGUACGUGGUAUGAUUACAAGAGUCUCAGACGUUAAACCUGCAGUCUUGGUGAAUGCAUACACAUGCGACCAAUGUGGUCAUGAAGUGUUUCAAGAGGUUACAACUAGAACCUUUAACCCCUUGAAUGAAUGCAUCUCCGAACAAUGUCGUAAUAACCAAUCCAAGGGAAAACUCUUCCCUUCUACACGUGCUUCCAAGUUCAGUCCAUUCCAGGAGGUUAAGUUACAAGAGUUGGCCUCACAAGUGCCAGUUUCUCACAUUCCAAGAACUUUCACAAUUCAUGUCAACGGUGACUUGGUUAGAUCCAUGGAUCCAGGUGACGUUGUCGACGUUGCCGGUGUUGUCUUGCCACAGGCAUACACUGGCUACCAGGCCCUAAGGGCAGGUUUACUGACGGAGACUUUCCUCGAAGCGCAAUGCGUUUAUCAACAUAAGAAGAAAUACGACAUGAGUGAAAUCAGUGCCUCAAUCGAUGAAAAGAUUAGACUCAUUCAAGAACAAGGUGACGUGUAUUCCAGAUUGGCACGCUCAAUUGCUCCAGAGAUUUUCGGUCACGAUGAUGUCAAGAAGGCUUUGCUAUUGUUACUUGUUGGUGGUGUCGAUAAGAAAAUGGGUGAUGGUAUGAAAAUCAGAGGUGAUAUCAAUAUCUGUCUAAUGGGUGAUCCCGGUGUGGCUAAAUCGCAAUUGUUAAAGACGAUCUCCAAGAUUAGUCCAAGAGGUGUUUAUACAACAGGUCGUGGGUCCUCAGGUGUUGGUUUGACAGCAGCUGUGAUGAAAGACCCGGUUACAGAUGAAAUGGUACUGGAAGGUGGUGCUCUCGUCUUAGCAGAUAACGGUAUCUGUUGUAUCGAUGAGUUCGAUAAGAUGGAUGAAUCUGAUAGAACUGCUAUCCAUGAGGUUAUGGAACAACAAACAAUCUCUAUUUCCAAAGCAGGUAUCAAUACUACCUUGAAUGCUCGUGCAUCUAUCCUAGCUGCUGCAAAUCCUGUACUUGGACGUUUCAACACAAAGAUCUCCCCAUUGGACAAUAUCAAUUUACCAGCUGCUCUUCUCUCAAGAUUUGAUAUCUUGUUCUUAAUUCUUGACACUCCGUCGCAGGACGACGACGCAAAGCUUGCUGAACACGUUGCCUAUGUUCACAUGCAUAACAAACAUCCAGUGAUGGAUUUCGAGCCCUUUGAUCCAACAACGAUCAGAGAGUAUAUAACAAAGGCAAAGAUAUACAGACCUGUUAUUUCUCAAGAGGUUGCAGAUUAUGUUAUUGCAUCCUAUACAAGAAUGAGACAAGAAUCGAAGCACAAGGUUAAGAAUGAUCCACGCAUGUCAUUUGGCCAGGCUACACCAAGAACACUAUUGGGUAUAUUAAGAAUGUCACAGGCUCUUGCUAAGUUGAGAUUUGAUUCUACAGUUGAAAAGGCCGAUGUUGAUGAAGCUUUGAGAUUGGUUGAGGUUGCGAGAUCGUCGUUUACAAGAGAUGAAGGGAGAAGAACGGAUGAAUCAUCAACGACAAAGAUUUAUCAAAUCAUUCAAACCAUGGCCUUGGCUGACGGGGCAAGAAGAACAAGCCUGAAUCUCAGUGACGUUAAGAACGCUGUUAUUUCCAGGGGUUUCACAGAGCAACAGUUCAGAGAGUGUAUCGACGAGUACGAGCAUUUGCAAAUCUGGUAUGUGGUUGACGAUGAGACGCUUCAAUUGAUCAACGGUGGUGAAGAAGAUGUCGAUGCUGACAUAGUUAUGGAGUAACCCACUUAUAUACCUCGGGACCAACUGUAUUAUAAUCAUUGCGAUUCAUGGA